UCUUAUUGUGCAAGUUUUGUAACUCGUGUAACAAAUUUCCGACUGUAAGUAUAAUUAGAAAGGUGAUUAGAAAUGUUUUUUUAAUUUUUACCCUUAUAAAAAAUAGAUAACAUGGAUAUGGAAAUAAGUGAUUCGGAUGAAUCUAUAAUUACAAGCAGGAGAAAAGCGGCAAGAUUACGAAUACUUUCUUCCUCUUCAGACGAGGAUUUUGUUAAUGUUAUCAAUGAAGAGAACGAAUGUUCCACGGAGGAAGAAGAUUUGAUUUCUGAAUCAGAGAACGAGGAUCACGAAGAAGAAUGGCAGGAAGUAAAAGAAAGAACCGUAGUAAUAAAUGAGUAUUCAGAAGAAGAGGAAUUUUUACAUGAAAAUAUUGACUGUAAUGACCCUUUUGCCUUAUACAAACUAGAGAAGAUAGUUGAUGAAACAAAUAAAUAUGCUACUCAAAGUAUAAAUAAUUCUUCAUCUAGCAGUAGAAUACACCAGCAGGACUGGCAGUCUGUUACAAGAGAUGAAAUGAAUACUUUUUUUGGCAUAUUGCUUAUUAUGGGUAUUGUGCAAUUGCCAGAAAUUAGAUUGUAUUGGUCAAACAACGACAUGUAUGCGAACGCACGCAUAAAAAAGGCAAUGAGACGUGACCAUUUUCUAUCUAUUCUUAAGUUUUUACAUUUUUCGGACAAUACCACAGCCAGAACUGAAGAUCGGUUGCAUAAAAUUCGAAAUAUUAUUGAAGCAAUUGUAGAUAAUUUCAAGAGUUCUAUAAAACCAGGCAAAAAUAUUGUUAUCGAUGAAAGUAUGGUCCCAUGGAGAGGACGUCUAGGCUUUCGCCAAUACAUCCCAGGCAAGCGACAUAAGUAUGGCGUAAAAGCAUACAAAUUGUGUUUGCCUGAAGGCUACACUUAUAAUUUCGAAAUUUAUGCCGGGAAAAAUGGAACGAUCAUUAAAAAAUCACAUUCCCAUGACGUAGUAAUGAGAUUAUUAAGUGAUUUAGGGAAGUUAUUAUCGAUAACCUUUUGUCCAAUGAACAAACAUGUCGUUAUAUACCGUCACAUAAACACGUUCUUCAAUCAUAUGAAGGAUCGGCAAGAGACACCCGUAAACGCUGCAAGGAAUGCUAUAAAAAUAUGUCCAAUAAAAAGGGCAGAGCUUGUGCAACUAACAAUACUAAAAGAGUUAAGACAUAUUGUGGGCUUUGUGAGGGACAGCCAGCACUUUGCUUGA